AUUUUUAAAAAAUGUAAAAAAAAAAUUUUUAAAACCUUACCCCCCUUAAAGAUGUAAAAAGCCUUUUCUAUCACUGAACCACCUCAAACUUUUAAACAGAAAAAUGAGCUUGACGUUUCAUUGCUGUCAUUUAUUGCCAAUAGUUUACAGCAAAGGAGUUACCCAUUUCUGGCUGUCUCCAACUUAUCCUUUUCUUUCUACGCUUCGAACAGCACGAAUGUAUAAAAUCAUAUUUUAUGAGGCCAGGGAAAUUAAAAACUUAUUUCGAACAAUAAAUAGAAACAGCAAACAAUGUCCGAUUUCUCAAUAGAACGCGUAGAAAAUAAGCGCACGGUGAAUGGGCGCACGGAGUACUAUAUAAAAUGGAGUGCCUUUCCGCGCAGUGAAAACACUUGGGAGCCGGUUGAGUAUCUCGAGUGCCCCAACUCGAUGGCGACGUUCGAGGAGUCGCUUAAGAACAAUACGGAGACCAAUGAGUCCCUGUCCAACGAAAACGUGGAGCAGAAGAAUGGCUUCGAUCGUGGUUUGGAGCCCUCAAUGAUUCUGGGUGCCGUCAAUUCGUCGGGCCAACUUAUGUUUCUUAUGAUGUGGAAGGACAGCGAUCAAUCGGAGCUGGUGCCCGCCAAGCUAGCCAACAUCCGCUGCCCCCAGGUGGUCAUUGAGUUCGACGAGAAGUACUUCGGAUUCUCCACGGGCAGCGUCAGCGGGGACGGGAACAACAACGGCUCCGGCAAUCUGGGCUCCUCCGGCGGCAUGGAUCCCGGCAGUGUGAUCCUUUCACUCUAUGGCAGACACCAAUGGAGCUGGAGAGCAGAGCCGGCCACUUUCACUAAUUUCAUUAACAAUUCGCUCUGCCUGAUUAUUAAAAAAUAA